CAAACGAGUCAUCGUAAUUUAGGCUUAGUAGUCAGUACCACCGUACCUGAAAAAGUUCCACCUGUUACAAACUAAAGACAUACUCUUUACUAUUUACCAAUACAUACCAUGGGAUUUGUUAUUUAUAAUUUUUCAUAUCACUGUUGAUUUAUCAGUUAGUGCAAGUAAGUUGUCUAGACUAGGAUUCGGACCUAGACUUGCCUACUUACUUACUUCUUAUACUAACUAAGUUAUACUAUUAUUACUAAACUAUUAUUAGUGAAGUACUAGAUAAACUUAUAACUUAAUAUACUAACUUACUUUAGUGUCUUUAGUUACUAGUGUUAGUCUUUAGUAAUUUAGUAGCAGUAGAGUAAGAAAGACACAAGAGUGUAGAGUAGAGUGUUGAGACUAGAACUCGAGGCUUGAGGAGAAUCAGAACAGUUAAAAGUGUAAAGUGAGGACAGUAAAGUCAGUUCAGUAAAGAGUCGAACUUUUUACUUAAAAUAAGUCUUAGUUUAGCAUUAAUUAGCCUUAAUAAAGGCUUAAUGAAAGUGACUGUCUUUUUUAAUAAAAUUGUAACAUUAAAUACCCAACUGACUGCUAAGCAAACUAAAACUACUUCUACUACUAUUUUAAUUUUUAAAAAACAAGACAAAAGUUCAAAGUAAAAGUAAGCUAAGGACCACCAAGGCCAAGGAAAAACUCUGUCAGUGUGUCAGUGUCAAACUGGAACAAAUUCAAAACCUCAUUGUCAUGAUUCUGAUCACAAAUUCUUGGUAAACCCCUAACAGCAUGAGAAGUGAGUUUUGAGAAGACAUACUCACAACUCAUUCAUUACAGCAUCAUUAUGGUAAUAUGGAUGACACUUCUCUCCUGUGCCAGGUCAGUGUGGAGUGUACCAACAAACAAAUAGUUUAAAUUUUAAAUAGGUCUAAAAUUUUUAGAUGUUAAUUACGGGUACCGUAAUUUAGUUUUUUCAGUGGUUAUUGGUUAAGAUAAAUAGUUCUUGAUUUUUAAAAAACGAUAAGAUAUUUUUAUCUUCGUCUUCAUAUUUUAACUAUUUAAUUUUUAAAAGCCAGUCUUUUAAAAAUAAUUAUGUAAAUAAAAGACUUAAAAACAAAUCAAUACAAUUAGACAGUAGACAAUGCGUAAAUAUAGUUGCAGAUGUCUAACCAUACAAAAUUUCCAAAGCAAGAUAACUGCAGAUUGGAAUGAAAUACGCUGCAUGUAUUCUGUAAUUUACUUAUAGUAUAGAUCUCAAUUCACAAGUUGUGUAAAUGCAAAUGGCAUUGUCACAGUUUGGUAACUAAUUAUAAAAUAGAUAAAUUGCUGUUAACAAACUGUAUCAAAAUGAGAGUUGUCUUAAUGUUCUAAAAAUAGAUUUCAACUGCUUUUUUAUAAUAUGUCAAAAUUAAAAGUUGUUAAGUGCUACCAGUAACUAAUAAGUAACAGUAUGAUAAAAUAAGAUUUCAUUAUAAGUUUAAUUGUUAGGCCUUAUCGCCUUAUCACCAAAAUGCAGAUAAAUCAAUGAAUAAGAAGUCCCUCAUCAAGAAGAAGAAAAUGAGGGAGUGUGUCAUGAAUUUGUUAUGAUGUAUUACAAGGGUUCCAAAUUUUUUUGAGUGGUGGGGUAAAGAAUUUGCUAAAAUAGCAUGACCUCAUGAUCAUAUAUGGCCCCUAAUCUAAUUUUAAUAUUAUUGAUUCUAAAAUAUUAAUAAGUUAAUAAAGGCCUAAGUUUAAAAUAUAAUUUAAUAAAAUUCUACUUUUUCUCCAGUGUAAGCCUUCCUACUAGCCUCAGUCUUUACAGUCAGAUGGACUCAUGGAGAUUGAACAUAGAAAUUUUGAACUGAAUCAGAGAUAGCCUAGAACUAAAAGAAACGUUUUCUUGAGAAUGCAUCCUUUAAAGAUAUCUCAAGAGUCUUUGGAGACAAUAGUCAGUGUGAUUCUCAGAGUUCCAGCUCUAUUUCUUAUUGAGGUAUGGUUCCGCACCAAUCCUCAUAAAACUAUACAGCUUCAUUCAGAUGAUGUGGAGCUAAUUGUCACAGCAGCCUAUUAUAUGGGUAAGUAAUAAUUUAAAAAUGCUAAUUCUAGUCAUAAAAUGCUUAUUUUAAUUAAGCUAUGAAUAUUUUGUGUUUUAUUUACAUUGAUGAUUAAUUGACAGAAACUACCUAUACCGGUAGCGUAAAGUUGUUAUUAUUUCCAAAAUAAAUACCAAUACCUUAAAUGGUUUUUCUUUCAGUUUAUCUCAUAGAGCAUAUUGCUCGACUGUAUCAGAAUUAUUAUUUUUAAGUGUUAUUUUUAAAUCCCUUAGAAAAUAUAUUUUAAGUGCCAUUUUUCAAGUUGUGGUGGAAAUUGCCUGGUAAAGUCAUAUUCAGUACCGGUUUUGAAAAAACCAGCCAAAUUCGGUUUAAAAAAAUAAAAAGUAGUUGAUAACAAGUACAACCAAACUGACCUUUUUUGUCCACAACUUUAAAACUUUCGAUGAACCCNAAAUAAAUAAUUAAUUAAUUAUAGUCUACAUAAAGUUAUAAAUACAGUUUCUUAUCUUUUUUUCUUUUCCAGCCUUGGUCAUAGCAGUAGCUAUUGCCACUCUGCCAUUGAGGCACCUGGUCACAUUCUACAUAUAUCUUGUGUGCGCUGGUCUUAUGGCCUGUGCUAAAAUGGUGUCCAAAGCAUAUGUGUCUGUAGAAAAACUGGAGCACGAAGAGGAACUAGAAACAGCUGGCAAAGAAAACAUCACAUUGCAUGCAGGGUUAUCGGCCCUGCUUGAAGAUCGCAAACACAUUGAGCGUCUGGUAUUGCACAUAUUCACUCAAGUUUUCAUUGCAGCUGUUGUGGCCUACCUCAUGGAGAUUGAGAACUGGGUCAAGUUCACCUUGUUGGCUUUCGCACUGCCUGUUGUUGCAAGGUUGACAGGGUUCCCUGUGUCAGAGCUGCACCUUGUGCACGACUUUGCAACUGUCUACACAAUUUUGUUGAUUCUCUGUUGCAUCUUCAACAACCUGGGCAUUAUAAUUGACAUCUGUAAGGAGGGCAUCAAUGUGGCAGUAGUUUCUUUCAGAACCUUUGGCAUUAUACCUGUGGCUCUAACAUUCUGGCGCACUAUGGCUCUUCCAGUACAGCUUGUUUUAUUUUGGGGACUAAUGUUUUUGUCGCAGAUCUAUGUUUAUGUGUACACUGAGAAUCUUGGAAUUUGGCAGGAGGGCUGGCUGGUCCUUUUAUUGGCCAGCAUGGGGGAAUGCUGCGCCACACCUGUCAGUCUGCUGGCCUUGUGCGUGGCCAUCACCUAUGCUUCCUGCGCCAUUCUUUGCUUGACUAAGCUCUACCUCCAAGGGAUGGAUGCGUUUGAACAUGACACAAUGAGAGGCUGGACUGAAGGGUUGACCAUGCUCCUGAUAGCUGUGCAAACUGAUCUACUGGAGCUGAAACCACUCCAGAGAGCUUUUCUCAUGAGCAUCCUGCUGUUCAUCGUGUUGUCUUCCCUCAUCCAGUCCAUGUAUGAGAUUGCUGAUCCAAUACUGCUGGCCCUAAGUGCCUCCCACAACCCCAGUAUAAUCAGGCACUUAAAAGCAGUCACACUCUGCACAGUGCUGUGGAUACUUCCAUUAUACAUGACUUAUUUCAUCUGUCAGUAUUUCGACAUGGAUUUCUGGCUCAUGGUCAUUGUGUCCAGUUGCUUGCUGACCUCUGUGCAAGUCAUAGGAUCGUUGGUUGUUUAUAUGCUGUUCAUGUAUGACUUUAUGAGGCCUGACCCCUGGGAGAAACUUGAUGAUGUCGUGUACUGUGCUAGAGCCCUGACUAGAGUUUUAGAAUUUAUUGUUGCUGUGUUCGUUGUAUGUUUUGGUUUAAAGGAAUCUCUGAUAGGGGAAUGGAGCUGGAUCAACUCCAUCAUCUUGAUAGUCCACUGCUACUUCAACGUCUGGAAGAGGUUGCAAAGCGGCUGGAAAAGCUUCCUGCUGCGGUGGGAGGCUGCCAAAAAGGUGGAGUCCCUUCCUCUAGCCACUGAACAGCAACUGGCCAAGCAUGAUGAUGUCUGUGCCAUCUGCUACAGUGACAUGAAGACAGCGUGUGUUACACCCUGUGAUCACCUGUUCCACUGCGUCUGUCUCAGGAAGUGGCUGUACGUGAAAGAAACAUGCCCCAUGUGCCACAGAGAUCUGGCCAACUCUAAUGAGGCGCACUCCCAGGAAGUGCCCGCCCCCCAUAACGAUGAGACCAAUGAGGAUGCGCUACAUGUGAUAGAAGGGGCUGCCAGGGAGAACGAACUCCAUAAACAAGACAGUUCUGAUAGCUCCAGUAGCUCAAGUGCUACCACUGAGGUGGAUAUUUAUGAUGCGGACUAUGAUGAAGGCCAACUGGCAGAGGCGGAUCAGCUGAUGUAGUACAUCAUCCAUUAAUUGGAGAUCUAGAUCUGGUUAAAAUGCACAAACAAGCACACGUGACCAUACUCCUAGCCUUCCCUGGUGAUUAACAGCAAUGAAGAAAUCAAAUCAGCCAAAUCAUUUUUCCGUCUGGAAACAUCAAACAUUUGCCAGAGUGGUCUGGAGGUGAAAGAUGGGAAAGAAGAGAGAAGGAAUCUCAUUUUCCGAAACAACCAACAAAACUUAUAUUUUCCAGCUUCUUGAGAGGAAAUUUGUAUAAAUUAUAAUAUUAUUGUAUCGUUUUUGCUAUUAAGUUUCACUUACUUGUUUAGUAUAUAAUGUACACCUAAAGUAAAUUGUAAAGCUGAUUAAAAGGAUAUUUUUAACAUCACGAAUAAAUAUACUUGUGUAAAAGUUAAGAUUUCUUUUACUUGUAUCUUUUUUUUUUUUUACAUUUUAAUUUUUGUUAAUUACUUUUUGUUACAGAGCAUUGCAUUUCUGUUACGGUACUCAAAAUGGCUCCAUUUUUGUUUCCCUAAACGGGCUAUAUUUAAUGUUGCCAAUUUUGGGGAUGGCGUCUUUCAUGUUAAAUUAUUCUUAAAUGACUGACCUAGUGACUGCUAGUCAUUCAUUCAUUGUUCAUUUCUUUCAGCUGGAAAUAAUGGUUUGUUCUGCACAAAAUAACUUAAAAUGUAAUAAAAACUUUUUAAAUUUACCAGUAUACAUUUGAUAUGUGAUCCAGUAGAGGUUUGGUUAAAUUUAAAAUGACCAAAAAAUAAUGAUUCUUAUGCAUGGAUGGCUAUGUUGGAAUUAAAAUUACUUUGAUAAUAACUUAGAUCUAACUUUUUGCAUUUUGAACUUACGACUUAAUCACUAUAUCUACCGGGGUAUCUAUAAUUAUAAUAAUUACAGCUGGAGCUAAUUCUUAACUUUAAUUGUAUAGUUACUUUUUUUGUAAGUAACCAGUUUGAUAGGCCAUAGUAAAGUUAUAGUCUUAAAGAGUAAAAACAUAUUAAUUUUAAGAUAUAAAAAAAAAAUGAAUUACCAGUAAUUUGUUCAAAAUCUUUAAAUUGAAUUAUGUGAUUUUAUUAAUUGAUUUCUAUAUUUUUGCUACUAAAGUCAAUGUAUUAAUUAAACUUCAUCUAUUCACAUUUUUGUAAAUAUCAGUGGCCAGGUAUUGAAAUUUUGUGUAAUUCUACUGGUAAGCAAAAAAUAAAUGUUCAGUUGCUUUAUUUCAAGUUAAUUUACUAAAUGUAAUUGUGUUUGAAUACUCUCAAGAAACAGCGGUGGACAGUUGCACUAGAAAAAAAGUUUUAAUUUUUGGGGGUUUUCUUUAUGAUAUAUUUUUUUUUUUUUUCAGGAAAAGGAAGGGUUGGGAG